AUUCCCCCGCCCCCACCAAGUCCAGCUAGUCAGUUACCGGAGGGCAGGUAUUCUCCACACCCCCACCACAGGACGAAGCUGAUAAUUCCUUUUCUAUAAAUGAAAGUGAAAGGGAUUUUAACCCAGUUUCACCAAGAAACACGAAUAGGAUUCUGGAAUAAUACAAAGGCAUUUGCAUUGCAAGAGACCUCAGCAAGAAUCAUCUGCUCUGGAUCAGCAACAAAAUGGAGGAACCUGCUUCGGAAAUGAGCCCCUCUAUGGAGCGUAAAACAAAGGGGACUGAGAGUGUCCUGAUGGAGAGAGCAGACUCACCUGUACCCAGCUGUGUUUCCCUGAAGAGUGACAGGUCAAUGGAUAAACCACUCACCUUCAGAGAGGGACCUUUUCAUACAGAUCAAACUGUCCUGAUGGAGAGAGCAGACUCACCUGUACCCAGCUGUGUUUCCCUGAAGAGUGACAGGUCAAUGGAUAAACCACUCACCUUCAGAGAGGGACCUUUUCAUACAGAUCAAACUGUCCUGAUGGAGAGAGCAGACUCACCUGUACCCAGCUGUGUUUCCCUGAAGAGUGACAGGUCAAUGGAUAAACCACUCACCUUCAGAGAGGGACCUUUUCAUACAGAUCAAACUGUCCUGAUGGAGAGAGCAGACUCACCUGUACCCAGCUGUGUUUCCCUGAAGAGUGACAGGUCAAUGGAUAAACCACUCACCUUCAGAGAGGGACCUUUUCAUACAGAUCAAACUGUCCUGAUGGAGAGAGCAGACUCACCUGUACCCAGCUGUGUUUCCCUGAAGAGUGACAGGUCAAUGGAUAAACCACUCACCUUCAGAGAGGGACCUUUUCAUACAGAUCAAACAGACCAAAUGGAUGAAUGCAGAUCAGAUCUACAGGAUAAACAGGGUUUAUCCUCCAUAUUGAAGUCACUAGAGGAAAAUGCUGUGAGGUUCCUGAAGGAUGAGCUGAAGAAGAUCAUGAGGUACCUAGAUCAGAAUUACCCAGGAUUCUCUGGGCCUCAGCUGGAGGAGGACAAUGACCUGGACAGUGAUGGUCAGAUGCAGAAGACCUGUGGUAGAGAGGGAGCUCUGAAGAUCACGCUGUACAUCCUGAGGACCAUGAAGGAAAAUGAUCUCGCUGACAGGCUGGAGAAGAGGCAUCUUCUGUCACAAUGUCAGCGCAGAGUCAAAUGCAACUUGACGAAGAAAUUUGAGUGUGUAUUUGAAGGGAAAGCUAAGGAAGGACAGCCAAUACUUCUCAGGGAGAUUUACACAGAACUCUACAUAACUGAAGGUGGGACUGGAGCAGUCAAUGAUGAACAUGAAGUGAGACAGAUUGAAACAGCAUCCAAGAAAAGGCGAACAGAAGAUACUAUAGUCAAGUGCAAUGAUAUAUUUAAACCCUUAUGUGGGCGUGAGACACCUAUCAGAACUGUACUCACUAAAGGGGUGGCAGGUAUCGGGAAAACAGUCUCUGUGCAGAAAGUUAUUCUCGACUGGGCAGAAGGAAAAGCAAACCAGGAUGUUCACUUCAUAUUUGCUCUUCCUUUCCGGGACCUGAAUUUGAUUAAGGGUGAAUACAGUCUGAUUGAACUGCUUCACCACUUUGUCCCAGAACUGAAAUCAUUUCAGUCCACUGAGCUGUUUAGGUACAAAAUCUUGUUCAUCUUUGAUGGUCUCGAUGAGUGUCGCCUUUCUCUGGAUUUUCAGAACAAUGAGAGCUGGUUUGAUGUAACAAAGAAAAUGUCACUGGAUCUGCUGUUGACUAACCUCAUUAAGGGGAAUCUGUUCCCAUCCGCUCUCCUCUGGAUAACCUCCCGGCCAGCAGCAACCAAUCAGAUACCUCCUGAGUACAUCCACCAGGUGACAGAGAUACGAGGGUUCAGUGAUGCCCAGAAGGAGGAGUAUUUCAAGAAGAGAUUUAAUGAUCAGAGCCUGGCCAGCAGGAUUAUCGCACAUGUGAAAUCAUCAAGGAGCCUCUUCAUCAUGUGCUACAUACCUGUGUUCUGCUGGAUUUCAGCCACUGUCUUUGAGAGGUUUUUUAGUGAGACUGACAGGGGAGAAAUUCCAAGGACUCUGACUGAAAUGUACACACACUUCCUGAUCUUUCAGACAAGUUUAAGAAAUGACAAGUAUAUGACAAACCAUGAAACUAAGCUUAAGGAAUACAGUAAGGAAUUCCUUUUAAAACUUGGUAAACUGGCUUUUGACAGCCUUGAGAAAGGCAAUCUUAUAUUUUAUGAGGAAGAUCUGAUAGAGAAUGGCGUUGAUGUUGCUGAAACUUCAGUUUACUCGGGAGUGUGCACAGAAGUCUUUAAAGAGGAGUAUGGGUUGUACCAGGAGAAGGUGUACUGCUUUGUGCAUCUGAGCAUCCAGGAGUAUCUCGCUGCUUUAUAUGUGUUUCUGUCAAACUCAUCAGCUGACCUGCUGAAGACUGCAGUGGAUCAGGCAUUAGAGAGCAAGAAUGGACACUUGGACCUCUACCUCCGCUUCCUCCUGGGCCUCUCAACAGACUCCAGUAAGACUCUGUUACAAAGACUAAUGGGGCCGACAGAACCCAGCUCACGUAAGAGUAAGAAAGUAACCAAAUACAUCAAGAAGAAAAUACAGGAUAAUUUAUCUCCAGAAAGGACCAUCAACCUGUUCCACUGUCUGACUGAGCUGGGUGACAAUUCUCUAGUAGAGGAAGUACAAAGAUACCUGAAUUCAGGAAACAUUUCAGCAGAUGACCUCUCACCUGCACAGUACUCAGCUCUGGCCUUUGUGAUGAUGAUGUCAGAUGAGGAGCUGGAUGUGUUUGACCUGAAGAAAUACAUCAGACGAGAUAAACAGCACUGCAGGCUGCUGCCUGUGGUCAAGAACUCCAGGACGGCUCUGCUGAACAACUGUAAUCUCACAGAGAAAUGCUGUGAGGCACUAGCUUCAGCUCUCAAACCAAACUCAUCACCCCUAAGAGAGCUGGACCUCAGUGACAAUGACCUGAAAGAUUCAGGAGUGAAGCUGCUCUCUGCUGCACUGGGGGAUUCACACUGUAAACUGGAGAUACUGAGGCUGUCAGGCUGUAGAGUCACAGAAGAAGGCUGUUCUUCCCUGGCUUCAGCUCUAAGGUCAAACCCCUCACACCUGAGAGAGCUGGACCUGAGCUACAAUCACCCAGGAGACUCAGGAGUGAAGCUACUCUCUGCUGUACUGGAGGAUCCCAGCUGUAAACUGGAGAAGCUGAAGCUGAACAGCUGUGAUCUCACAGAGAAAUGCUGUGAGGCACUGUCUUCAGCUCUCAGAUCACACUCAUCACCCCUGAGAGAGCUGGACCUGAGUGACAAUGAUCUGCAGGACUCAGGAGUGAAGCAGCUUUCUGCUGCACUGGGGGACAUACACUGUAACAUGGAGAUACUGAGGCUGUCAGGCUGUAGAGUCACAGAAGAAGGCUGUUCUUCCUUGGCUUCAGCUCUGAGGUCAAACCCCUCACACCUGAGAGAGCUGGACCUGAGCUACAAUCACCCAGGAGACUCAGGAGUGAAGCUGCUCUCUGCUGUACUGGAGGAUCUCAGCUGUAAACUGGAGAUGCUGAGGCUGAACCGCUGUAAUCUCAAAGAGAGAGGCUGUUCUUCUCUGGUUUCGGCUCUGAGGUCAAACUCUUCCCCCCUAACAGAGCUGGACCUGAGUGACAAUGACCUAAAGGAUUCAGGAGUGAAGCUGCUCUCUGUUGCACUGGGGGAUUUACACUGUAAACUAGAGAUACUGAGGCUGAACAACUGUAAUCUCACAGAGAAAUGCUGUGAGGCACUAGCUUCAGCUCUCAAACCAAACUCAUCACCCCUAAGAGAGCUGGACCUCAGUGACAAUGACCUGAAAGAUUCAGGAGUGAAGCUGCUCUCUGCUGCACUGGGGGAUUCACACUGUAAACUGGAGAAACUGAGGCUGUCAGGCUGUAGAGUCACAGAAGAAGGCUGUUCUUCCCUGGCUUCAGCUCUAAGGUCAAACCCCUCACACCUGAGAGAGCUGGAUCUGAGCUACAAUCACCCAGGAGAUUCAGGAGUGAAGCUGCUCUCUGCUGUACUGGAGGAUCCCAGCUGUAAACUGGAGAAGCUGAAUGUGGAGCACGGUGGAGAGUGCAGGACCAGACUAGGCUUGCAGAAAUACUCUUUCCAGCUGACACUGGACCCCAACACAGCACACAGACACCUGUCUCUGUCAGAGAGGAACAGGAAGGUGACACAUGGGGCAGAGAAGCAGCCAUAUCCUGAUCAUCCAGACAGAUUUGACCGCUGGCCCCAAGUUCUGUGCAGAGAGAGUCUGACUGGUCGCUGUUACUGGGAGGCUGAGUGGAAUAGAAGUAGAGCCCUGAUAGGAGUGACUUAUAAAGGGAUCGGGAGGAAAAGAGGGAGUGAUGACUGUCUGCUUGGAGCCAAUGAUAAGUCAUGGAUUCUGAUGUGCUCUCCUGGCAUGUACUCUGUGUGUCACAAUGAUAAAGAGACUGUCAUACCCAUACGGCCCUCAGGCUCCCGCAGAGUAGGAGUGUAUCUGGACUGGGGGGCUGGUGCUCUGUCCUUCUACAGAGUCUCCUCUGAUGGACUGACCCUCCUGUAUAGGAUCAUCUCCUCAUUCACUGAACCCCUCUAUCCAGCCUUUUGUGUUUAUCAAAAAUCUUCAUUGUCUCUGUGCAUGUUGGAGACGUGUGCUGGAGGAACCAAUUUCACCUCCCCAGACAGUGACGUUUCUGUUUCCCCACACUGUAAAAAAACAUUGUAAAAAGGUCAAAUCACUGGCUGCAAUGGCCAUCAAAAACCAUAACAUUUAAGUAAAAUAUCCUAAUUGAAAUGAAGUGUAAAAAAAUAAUUUAAAAUACGUUUCAGAAAAGUUUUUAAUAAAUAUACAAAUAUUUUAAAAUAAUAUUUUUUCCUUAAUUGUAACAAUCAAACCCCUUCAAUAAAGUGACAACGUUCAGAGUUAAGGAGAAAAACACUGUUGUUUUACUGAUACCUUUAACUGUAAAGCUUCACUGCCUCGGAUAACAGUUGAGCCAGGUUACUGCACAUUGAAUCCCUCCCAGCCCACUGUUUUAAGCAGUUUGGGAGAAUGUUAUAGCCCGACAUGUCAAAAGUGACACUAUGAUUCAAGAGAAUUAAGAUGGCACAGUCCCCUGAAUCCAAUGAGAAAAGCAGGUAAUUAGUUACCCACUUCAUCAAACUCACUAAAACUUGCCAAUACUGUCAAUCUUUCCAAUAAAGAAUGAUAAUACAUUUUCACAAAAACACAUCUUUAUCUAGGGUCCCAAAUCUCUGUCAAGGUGGUUCACAAGAUACUUUAUAGUGAUAAAAAAGAACCCUGAAAUUACCAUUAUGCUUGUCUAUGAUGUGUGCCAGGUACAUAGAGCUUGCCAGUUCUACUGCAUCAUCAAAUACAUCAUUAAAUGUUACAAUUCACGAAAAACCAUCAGAUAAGUUAACGGUCAUCUCCACCAUUAGAAAGUCACUUCCACCUGACUGGUUUCUGGUCAUUCUCAGUGUCUCCUGCUUCACCUUAUUCUUGUACUGCUGUCUUAGAAAUUUUUAACCUGGAAGCAACCUGCUGCUUAGUACAGCCUUCUGCCAGCAGAACCACAAUUAAAGCAGGAUUUAAAAAUGCAGAUUUAUUUAAAAACAUACAGUGGUCUCUUCAUUUUUUCUAUGGCUGUACAGAGUGCCCACAUAAAGUCUUGGGACACUUGCUUAAUUCUGCAAGAAAUGUUGCAGAUUUAUUGCUUUCGUAACAUUUACAGACAUAGUUUAAGUCUACACAUAUCUUCCACUGAGACAUUUUCUUUUUAUUAAGCAUAAUUAUUUUUUGACUGAUUCAUUUGUUCUGUUCUUGCCAUUUUGCUAUCAAUCACAAUUGUUUUCAUUGGCUUCCAGAGGGAUAUUAAACACAACGGUUUAGUUUUGUUAUCGAAAAGGUGUUAAAGAUUAAAAAGCACCCAGUCAAACUGCUUGUCGAUGAACAGUUCUUUUAGAAGUAUAAUUUGGGUUUCAAUAUAUUACUACUUGAUUAUGG